AUGUUGCAUUUACAUUCUGUAUACCCACUAUUUCAAGCCCAUAAACGAAAACGUGUGUUUGACUUCGAUGCUCAUCCUCGCCGUAAGAUCGCUUUGCAAUUCCUCUAUCAUGGCUGGGAAUUCGAUGGUCUUGUUCAGCAGACGAAUACCGACAACACUGUUGAAAAGCAUUUAAUGGACGCCCUUCUCAAAACAAAGCUUAUAUGCAGUGAAAAGGAUUGUGAUUUCUCUCGCUGUGGUCGAACCGACAAGGGUGUAUCAGCAUUCAAGCAAGUCGCUGCUGUGGUGGAACUUUGCUCAGAUGUACGGAAAAAGAUUGAUUGCUGUCUUCAGGUUGAUAUGAAUGAGAAGCGGGUCACCAUGUCUUUUGUAAGGGAACUAUUCGAAAUCAGUAUAGAACCUGUUAGUUCGUCGCCAAAUUCGAUAUCUCGCAAUGACUUGCUAGAGCUGACUGUUAAAGGGAGCGGCUUCUUGUGGCACAUGAUACGAUAUAUUGUUACAGUCCUCCAUGAAAUUGGGCAAGGGAACGAGCAACCAGAGCUCGUAUCCGAACUGCUUGAUGUCGAAAAAACUCCGUGUCGCCCGCAAUAUGCGUUGGCUGUUGCGACUCCUCUAUGCCUUUUUGAAUGCAGGUUUGACUCGGCAAAUCUUGAAUGGAUUUAUGACGACUAUGCCUUGAAAAGGACUGUCGCUAACCUGCAGUCUUACUGGGCCGAUUUUCAAACAAGGGCACGAAUGAUUGAAAAUAUGGUCAACAAUUUGGCGGAAACACCGCUUGGAAAUAAUGUCGAUUUAGAUAAGGGUCUCCUGGAGUUCACGCAGGAUCGACCAUUACCGGCUCGUUAUGUGAAAUUCGCGGAUAGGAAAACCUGUGACAGUCUUCGAACAAAAACAGUAGCGCGAACAAAUGCGAUGGUUCAGCGCCGUUCCAUGUUCACUAUGUCUAGUCGCAAACUGAGAAUCCUUGGGUUCAAGAAAACAUUUGUAGAUAUUGAAGAUGAUGCGGAAUACAAGAACUUUUUCGAAGAAGUAGAUGCUUCACAUUUCAAAUUAAAAUCUAGCGAAUGGUGGGAAGCAUUGAAAGCAGAAGCGGAUGAGGAAAAAUGGACUGCUGAUCUGUUUCAGGUUCUUUUUAUUUCGACAGUUUUUCCGCUAAGAGGGGACAUGCCGAAACUGAAUGCUGUCCAACAUAUAAGUUCCUCUCGGACAUCGGUGUUAGGGAGAACACCUUCCAAACCGCGAGGAGUCAUAGUGAAUGCAGUGCUUGAUGUGCUCAUCGCUAAGAAAUACGAACAGAAUGAACAAGCGCAGCAAAUGACGGGUGCCCGCUUCCACGAAAAGGAAGAAGAACGUAUUAUGCAGUCUCAAAACAAGCAGAAUCCACUGAAUCUCAUUGACUAUUCUUCGGAAGAGUUCGCUGCGAAGACGAAGAGUUUGUGCCAGUUAUUAGGAAUUGUCGAGCAUCCCAACCCUGCUGUCUGUCUAAAGGCUGCUUGCAUCUUCAUAAAUGAAAAUUUGAAUGAAAGUGUUAUCAAGGAGAGAAAUGCGGAGCAAAAAUCCAGUAAAAAGCCUAGUACAUUCGAACUAAAAUCAUUCCCGUUAGAUGUACCUGACCAAAAAGAUGGUGCCGUGAACGCGAUUGCACGAAUUUUACGGCUUCUCAAUAUUGAGGCUCUGAGAAAGACUCAGACAAGCCAGAUGUCAGCAGAAACUCGGCGAAGGCCAAAUAUUCUGAUUACUGGUACACCUGGCACUGGUAAAUCGACUUUGGCACAGGAAGUGGCUAGCAGGUUGCAGUUUGAUGCAAUUGAUGUUGGUAAAGAGGUUCGGGAGCAUGGACUCGUGGAAGCCUUCGAUCCACGGCUAAAUUGUCAUGUUCUGGAUGAGGAGAAAUUGUUGGACCACAUGGAGGAUCGCAUGAACAGUGAUGCUGGAGGUGUUGUAGUGGACUACCAUGGUGUUGACUUCUUUCCCGAAAGGUGGUUCGACAUAGUAGUUGUCUUACGAUGUUCAAAUACGAUACUAUAUGAUCGGCUCGCACAAAGAGGAUAUGACCAGAAUAAGGUAUCAUGUUUCCUUUCGUAUCUUUUUUAA